AUGUAUAUUUGCCGUUCUUACCCUUUGGCAGGUAGUCUGUGCGUUGGCGUCUCUAAAAAGGCCUUACAGUCAGCAUCAUGCCUCUUUGAUUGACGCCGUCUACACAAACUACAGCGAAGAGUAAUUUGCACCGAAUCUUGACUUGUCUGCUCCCAAAAUUGUAGCCAAAUGUACGCUUCCGCGGAUGAAUGAGUUGAGCGUGACUCGACCGUGGAUUACGUACUAAGCCCGUGACGCCGAUUCGCUACUCCGCACCAGGUAGAGCGCUUUGAUGGGGCGACCCCGAAGCACUUGAGACUCAGUGCAAUUGUUGGAUCGAUACCGUGAGUACCUUUCCCCACUUGACUCAUUCCUGGGCACAGCGCAGUUUUGGUUUCGUUUGCCUACCCCUGUCCCCUUGACUGAGACUGACUCCGGCCAUCGAUCCCCUAUCUCUGCAGAUGCAAAGUCUCGUUUUGCCCCACCGUAUCAAACGGUGUCGCCGUAUGCACCACCAACUCGUCUGACUUCAACUGCAACACUGGCUACAACAAGGUCAGAAGCACCUGCGUCCCCAAGCCCCUCCAUAUGACCCCGGGCCGUACAAAUGCCUUUCGCACCCCAACGGUAACGGCACGCCGUGCAACAGCUCAAGAAAGUGCAACAACACCUGCAACACUGGCUACAAAAAAGUCAACGGUGCUUGCCUUCCCAACACCCUUGUCUGCGACGUGACCAAGUGCCCGAGCAGCAAGGGUACCCCGAUCUGCACCUCCGAGUCCGCUGGCACUGAGUGCGACAUCACCUGCGACACCGGCUACAACAAGGUCAGCGGCGCCUGCCUCCCCAAGAGCCCUGUCUGCGUCGCAUCUAAGUGGCCCUCUGCCCCGACGGCAACGGCGCUCCGAUAUGCAACACCUCCGGCCAAUGCGAGUGCAAGUCGGGCUUCAAGAGCGUCUCGGGCCAAUGCGUCCCAAAUUCGUGAGAUUCUCGCUGCCAUCUCCUCUGCUUUCUUAUCGGGAUACUGACGCUGGUUCUUCCCUUCGUUUCUCUACGCAAAGAAGUCGAUCGCUUUCUAUGACAACUUCCGGACCACCAAGAACGGCGAGCCCACGGUCACCGUUGCUUCCAUCGAUGCAUGCGCCGCGUAUUGCUUGGCCAGCAGGGGCUGCGUGUUAGGUAGACAUUGA